CCCCCAGAAUCUGGAAAACGCAGACUUCUCCUCAUCUAUGUUCAUGGCUUCAACGGCUCCGAAGCCAGUUUCCACGCUUUCCCCGCACAUGUGCAUAGUCUAUUGACGGAUGCGUUGGCUGAGUCUCAUGAGGUGUACACCCGGAUCUAUCCUCGAUACAAGUCUCGGGGUGAUAUGAAGAUUGCUCGGGAUCAAUUUAGUAAUUGGCUGUCACCUCAUGAAGCAGAUGACCUCGAUAUCAUCCUGUUAGGACAUAGCCUGGGCGGCAUCUUAACAGCGAAUGUCGCUCUUCUGCCAUCCUCACCUUCACAUCCACACCAGCAUCGAAAACAUCACGUUUUAGGCCUGAUCAAUUUCGAUGUCCCUUUCCUAGGGCUCCAUCCCCGAAUAAUCCAAACUUCAUGCAAGAGUCUUUUCCACCGAGAUAGAGAUCGAGAUCAGAUUCCAGCCGGGCAUGAAACCGAAACCUUCACUGAAACAGAGACACAAACCACGGCUGAGGCCAUCGCCGCGUUUUCUCCUCACUAUGACCCUCCUUUCUUCAAUGAUAUACGCUGGGCUGAACGAAGCGGUAUGCAGGGGGUCGUGCAUUUUUUUGAGAAAAAUUAUAAUCGGCUUGCAAAAUCUAUACUUACCCGCAUUGUUUCGCCGUAUGAGUUUGCGGGGUGUUUGAAUAAUUACCCGACGCUUCGCCGGCAAUAUAAACAGCUCAUGGAGAUGGAAGCUGCGCAUGAUCAAGCAUCCAGGAUUAGGUUUGUGAAUUAUUACACGGCGAGUGAUUGUCCUGAAACGGUGCAGGAAAAGGAUCCUACAGCGUUGAAGGAAACUGACGCUGGAGAAAAUGAACACUCGCCACGUGCGAGCAUGGGGCAUUCGUCGUCGCCAGUAGGUUCAGAAGAAAACACUCUGUGUACGGAGGAACCGUCAGAAAACAAGCCUGGGCCCGAGCCCUGCUCAUUGACACCGACCACAUCACAAUCAGAAUCAAAACCACGGCCAGACCCAGACCCAGACCAAUCCGAUUGCAUUUGCGCCUCCGAAGCAACCGAUUGCACUUCAAAACAAUACAAAAACAAGAAACGUCGGAAGUUCGUCCUAUUGCCAUCACAUCACUGGAGCCAUGGUGACGAUUCUCUCUGGAUACCGGUGAAUAUGGACAAUAUGAACGAGAUAACUGCCCAUCAGUCGCUAUUCUUGCCGCAUGGAAGGAACUAUGACCAGUUGGUUGGGGACACUAUGGCGACGAUCGAGCAGUGGAUA